CCAUCAUCUGCCCGUCGCCCACCCGCCUCCCGCAGAGCAUCCCCACCAUCGCCAGCACCCGCACGGGAACCAGUAAGCACAGCGGCCAUGGACAGGUACUUGUCAAGAGCCGCCCACCUCGCCCAGGAGGCCUCCAAGCUCUCCCAGAAAGUCACCCACCAGCUCGUCGAAAAGUCCAAGGAGGUCACCAUCCAAGGUCACCUCUAUGACAUGACAUCCGAGGACAAGCUUGCCGGCAUCAAGCCCGCCUUGGACUCGAAGUUCGACAAGGAAAAGAUCGAUGCCCUCAAGAAGCUGAUUGCGAUGAUAUCCAAGGGCAAGGACGUCUCCGAGUACUUCCCGGAUGUGGUCAAGAACGUUGCCUCGACCUCCUUCGAGGUCCGCAAGCUCGUGUACAUCUACGUCCUUCGUUACGCCGAGGAGCAGCCCGAUCUGGCUCUGCUCUCCGUCAACACGUUUCAGAAAGAGCUCUCCGAUCGCAAUCCUUUCAUCCGGGCCAUGUCGCUUCGAGUCUUGUCAAGCAUCCGAGUUCCCGUCAUUGUACCAAUCGUUAUGCUCUCCCUGAAGAAAUGCACCACCGACCUUUCUCCCUAUGUGCGGAAGACCGUCGCCAACGCACUUCUCAAAUGCUACAGCUUGGAUCCAACGCAAAAGGAAAGCAUUGUUGAGAUCAUCGAGUCCCUCCUCAACGACGUCUCCACCAUCGUGCUCGGCAGUGUCGUUGCUAGCUUCAGCCGCAUCUGCCCCGAGCGGGUGGACAUGAUUCACAAGCACUACAAAAAGCUCUGCAAAAUGCUCCCUGAGCUCGAUGAGUGGGGUCAGGUUGAAGUGCUCACGCUUCUCCUGCGCUACGUGCGAACCCAUUUCCCUGACCCAAGAGCUCCGAGCUCGUCGGCUUCCGACUCGAAGCGCCCCGCCAAGGCUAACUUUUACAGCGAUGACGAGGAAGAGCAAGUGCACUUCCAGCCCGCUCAAAGCAUCGUGAACCCCGACCACCAGCUUUUCAUCAACGCUUGCAAGCCGCUGCUUGGAAGCCGCAAUCCAUCGGUCGCUCUGAUGGCCGUUUCGGUUCUCCAUCACGUAGCGCCGCAGUCAGAUAUGGCCAAGUCUGCCAAGACCUUGAUCCGCCUUCUCUCUGCUGCACCCGAGGAGCAAUAUGUCGUAUUGCUCCACAUCCUCACGAUCGCACACAAGUACCCAGCUUUGUUUCGUCCGCACCUGAAGAGCUUCUUUGUCUUCCAUGGCGAACCCGAGUACUUGAAGAGCAUCAAGCUCGAAAUCCUCGUGAUCCUCACGGACGAGAGCAACCUGAGCAUUGUGAUGCGCGAAGUCAAGGAAUAUGUCAAUAGCACCGACCUCUCGUUGGCUCUGGCCACCGUCAAGGCGAUCAGUCGGCUGAUCUCUCGCAUGCCCAAGGCAUCUGAGGCCUGCCUCAAGAUCCUCAUCGGCGUUGUCCCGCGGAAACAAGCUGACGCCCUGGUGUCCGAGUCGAUCAUUGUCAUCCGCCAACUCUUGCAACUUGACACACGCAGCAACGACAAGACCAUUACCUACCUGUCAAAGUCGCUGGAGCAGAUCGCCUCGCCGGGUGCCCGCGCCAGCAUCCUGUGGCUGAUUGGACAGUACUGCGAAACCGUUCCUCGUAUUGCGCCGGACACUUUCCGCAUUUCAGCCAAGAGGUUCGCCGAUGAAAGCGAGAUCGCGAAGCUGCAGAUCCUCAACCUCGGUGCCAAGCUCGUGGUGUCGACGGUCCAGGCUGCUGAUAAAGCCGUAUCGACUGUGAUCAAGAAGAUCAUGGAGUAUGUCCUCACCCUGGCCCGCUUCGAUGCGAACUACGAGAUCCGUGAUCGGGCCCGGUUUCUGCGCAGCCUUCUGGCGGGUGUGAUGUCGGAAGGCGACGCUGUCGCCGGGGCGUCAGAAGGCGCCAUUCUCGGCAGAAAGCUCCGCGAGAUCAUCCUGAGCACCAAGGCCAUUCCGGUGACAGAAAGCCCGUAUCUGGCGCGGGGCGAUCGUUUCCAGCUCGGUUCGCUGGCAUUUGUGCUGAACCACGCCAGUAAGGGGUAUAAGGAGCUGCCUCAGUGGAGCCUGACAGUCGAACAUGCCGAGCUGCGAAGCGUCAUGGACCAGGAGCAGGUCUGGAAUCGCGAGCACGUCGUUGUAUCUGCGCUUAUCCAGCAGGUCAAGCGCAUGGAGUCCAACAAGACCCAAAAGAGGGUCGUCAACCUGAGCCUGGACAACUUCCUGGACGAGACAGAAUCCGAGGACGAGGAAGAGGGCGACGACGACGAAGAAGAGGAGGAGGAAGAAGACGACGAGGAUGACGACGAGGACGAUGAAGAGGAAGAAGUGGAAGAUGACGAAGACGAAGAGGAGGAAGAUGAUGGGGAGGAUGAAGGGGAAGAGGAAGUGGAAGAGGAAGACGAUGGAGACGAAGGGGAAGCGGAGGAGGAGGAGGAGGAGGAUGCGACAGCGGCUCCUCUGCUCCACUGAUUGGGGUGUGCGGCCAGAGAAUGUCAUGUCUCCAAAGUGAAUAUGGAAUUCGUGAUUACAGCCA